AUGACGGCUCUAUCGGCUUCGCAGAUCGCUGCACAAGCGGCGAUGCAGUCUACUCAACAACACCACGUGCGGCAUCGAUCACAGACCGUCCCGAUCGAGGAGGGACUAAAAAGUCGAAAGGGUAGUCGAGAUUCGCCACCGCCAGCUCAUCUGGUAGCUCAUACAACGACGUCAACAUCGGCCGCUGGCGCUGGUGCGGGCGGAGCCGGUUUCUACAGCAAUACAUAUCAAAAUGGACUAAUGGGUUCGCGUUCGGCUGCAGCCACCACUGCUGCCAAUAUUGCGUUUCCUCGACAGCAAGCAGGAACCGAAGUGGCAGAUCCGAAACAAAAAGCGGACAAGACCAAAAGGACCAAGUUUUUCCCCAAGCCGAAGCAUAUUGGUAUAUCGAGCAGCAGAGACUGGAUUGGAAGCAGCAAGGACAAAGCGCAGUCCUCGCCCAACAAACUGGGUUUCGGCAGUUCGAGCGGUUUGUCGCGAAUGGUUAGUGCGUCUACGACAAAUCUGACCGAAGUGAGCUCGAACAAUUCUUCCAUGUAUAGCCUCUCAAAUGCGUCGGCUAGUACAGUGGUGCCCCUGGAAAAGGGUGAGAAGGAGAAAGAAAAGGACAAGGAAAAGAAUCACAAACAUCAUUUCCUAUCACGACAAAAAAUGAAGCUGAAGGAAGACCUCCACAACCUACAUUUGUCGUCCGCUAACAGCAACUCGAGGCCUCUAGACCCGAAUGCCCCUCAAUCUCUCUACAACUUUACGCCAUCCUCACCCGGCCCGUCAUCAACGAGUUUUCCGAAAUCGGGACUUGAUUUACUUCAUGGAGGUCGAGCUUUGAGAGAGAAAAGACGAGAAGAAAAGGCAAUGGUGUUUGAUGCCAACAGAGACAGUGCAGACUCAGAUUGGCCCCUCGGUCCUAGCAGUAAUGUCAGCGGCACAGCUACACCUUAUGGUAACCCAUCAUUGGGCAACUUGACGAGCGUGAUCAGCAACGACAGCGUCAAGGAGACUCUCCAGGGAUUUGGGUUACACAAUAUGACUGCAGAGGAUGUAUGGGAUUUCCUCAAAGCUAAACUGUUAGUUAUAUUUGAUGGUGGUGAUGUGCGCAUUGCUGUGGAGGACCUGAACAAGCUCGUGGUCAUACAUAUCCAGCUUUGUGUGCAAAAGCACAUGCCGACUAUCGUAGAAGAUCUCCGCGAAUUACUGCAUACAGGGUUCUCUACACUCAACCACUCGAUCAGUGGUAUUCCGGAUGAGAAGCUCGUUCCUCAUUUAAUGCAAAUAUGGCUGCUAGCAUUCGGGACCAUCCUACCCUUCAUCCAGGCAGUCUUUCUUCCCUUGGAUCUCGAAUUCAAAGGCCGUGGAUCAGUGAUGAGUGCUCGAGAAGCCAGAGAAUUCUGGGGCGCUUUGCCAACCAAUGGCGACUCUGAAGAAAGUUCCCUAGGCGAUGAACUCGACGUUCGCAUGAUCGUUUUAACCGCAUUCCGUGAUACCGUCAUCCUGCAACGCUACGAAGGACUAAACGCAGUCUUUUCACGCUUGAGUCUAGAUACCAUCAACGCCACCAUUGGUGCUUUAAGUUCUACUUCCAAUAGCAGCAGCAGCGGUGGUCGACCCGGCACCGCUGCAUCCCUAGAUCCUACAUACAGCAGUUUCAACUCGCAGCAAUCUUCUCUCCUCAACAUCGCAGGCAGUUAUUCAUCCGACUCGGCAAGCGCAAAUCGUAGUCGCGCAACAUCCAACACCUCAUCGAACCCGGACCAACUGAUUUUCCAAUCCUUCACAUCCCCCUCUCAACGACAACUGCAAACCCUCCGCAACAAUCAGAACGCGGACUCAUCGCACCUCAUCACAGAUACCGUGGGCCGCAUGCUCCAAUGUUUUAGCGUGCUAGCGAGUAUUCAAAGCGGCGACCAGGCACAGGAGCGCGUUGAGGCGUUGACCAAAACCCUGAAACACAACUGGCUUGGCCGCGGCCGUACAGGCCGAGAUAGAAGAGGCUUCGUCGGUACGAAGGUCAAACCGGUGAUGCUACCGCGUCAGAACAGUGAUGACAGUAGUAGUGACCGGGUGACUAUGACGAACGGUAGUUCAAAUGGCAAUGCAGCAUCGCGGGAUUCUCUGCUAGCGGGAGGUCAUAGGAAUAUGGGUAUGAGUACUGCGGGCUGA